CCUCAGCGAGGCUCAGAUCACAGGAGGAGAGGGAAGCAGAAGGACGUGUAUGGGAGACAACCGCUACAAGAUGUUACCUCUGAUUCUCCUCAGCCAAAUGGCACUGUCCAUUGCCGCCCCCGCCAUUCAGUGUGAUCUUAGCAAAAUAGCCAUCGCUGGUGGUAAAUAUUGUCUGAACAAUGGGACAAAAGUUGGCAGUAAGUUGGAGUACACCUGCCCUGAAGGAACAUACCCGUACCCAUUCCCGUCCCGAGAAUGCCUCUUUAAUGGUCAAUGGUCCAAUGAGAACGUGAAGGCCCAAUGCAGAACCGUGCAGUGUACCACACCAGGCAGGCUUGAGAACGGAGAGUUCUAUCCCAGGAAAGCGAAAUAUUUUAUCGGAGACAUCCUGUACUUUGAAUGCUGGGGAGGAUUUAAAAUGUCUAGACCUGAAAACCGCAUCUGUCAAGCAAAUGGAAAAUGGAGUGGAAUUGUUACGACAUGUGACAAUAAAGGCAUGGUGGGUAGUGCAAGGCAUUCUGUGAAGGAGAAGCCAGUCUCCAAUCUACAUACAGACUACAGGACAUCAGCAGAGCUGUUCCAUGCAGUUCUCCUUCUUAAACUCCACCAUCUUUGCGCAAGUAUAUCUGACUUUGUUACUCAACAGGCGAGGAUCAGAAACAAUCCCAGUUUUGACUUGUCAUUUUCCACUACCCCUGGUGUCAAACCUCAUAACACACCAGUGGAAGUCCACAAAGCUAACGUUGCCUCCACAGGUUCUCCUUACAGGCCAUUUAAGUCUUCUCAGGAAGAGAACAAACUCAAACUCUUACCAAAAGACGCCAGGAGCACCACUUCUGGUUAUCGGAGGUUUAGGGAUGAGAAGUUCAGUGCGUUUUUUGUCCAGGGCGUUCUGAAAGGCGCCCGCGAGGACCGUUUGGGGGUAGCCCCUCUGUUCAAAUCUCAUCUGGAGCUUUUUGGCCUCACCCUGAAAUGCCUCAUUCUCGAAACAGUUUCUCCGAGCACGGAGGGACAAAAGAUUCUUAACCCUAAAGAUAUAGCUGAAGAGUUUGCACACUACUAUUCCAGUUUAUAUAAUCUAGAGAACUCUCCAGAAACUUUUCAACCAACCACCAAAACUAUCGAUGAGUUCCUAAAGGAGAUUUCUCUCCCUUCCUUAUCUAACAUCCAAAGUCGAGCUCUUAACACAGAAAUUUCUGCACUUGAAGUACUGGAAGCUAUCAAAUACCUUAAACCAAAUAAAUCCCCUGGCCCGGACGGCCUUACAAACGAGUAUUACAAGUCUUAUUCAUCUAUUCUGACUCCUUACUUAACUAGAACCUUCAACUUUUUGGCCACUCAAGGCACGUGGGGGAUCAGUCCUUCAAUAGAAGUGACAACAGGAGGUCUCAUGAACAUCUUCAUUCUUCUUGAUGCCUCUGCAAGUCUAGGAGAAGACAACUUCAACUUCGCUAAAGAAGCAAGUGAAGUGUUCAUAGAAAAGAUGAGCAGCUUUGAUUUUUCCCCUCGCUAUGCUGUCAUCUCAUACGCUAGAGAUGCAAAACCCAUCAUUGAGCUCUCUGACGAAGACAGUAAAGAGGCUGACAAGGUCAUUGACAGGAUAAAUGCGUUUCAAUAUUCAGAACACAUACAAGAACCAUGGGGAAGGAAUACUCGAGGAGCUUUGGCUAAAGUUUACGAAAUGUUGUGUCUGCAAAAUGUGAGAGAUCCUGAAUAUUUCCUGAAAACAAAAAAUGUUAUCCUACUCAUCACAGAUGGCAACAAGAUGCCUUUCACCUCCUUAGGAAAACAUAAUAUGGGUGGAGACCCUACUGUGGAGGUGAAGAGGAUCAGAGAAAUUCUGGACAUCAGGAAGAACAAUAAACGGGAAAAUGAUCUGGAUAUCUAUGUCUUUGGUCUGGGUGAGGAGAUAAGCCAUAAUGAAAUAAACGAUAUUGCAUCCAAGAAAACUAGUCAGCAUGUCUUCAGUAUGGGAACAGUAGACGAUAUGAAGAAAGCCUUUGAUGAAAUGAUAGACGAGGCAGGAGCUGUUGACAUGUGUGGACUUGCCUAUGAGCCAUCUGAAAAUGAAGGAGUAGAAGGAAAGUAUCCCUGGAUUGCUAAAAUUACCAUCACUAGCCCUGGUUCUGAAGUAACAUGUAAAGGCUCUAUCAUAAGCAGAGAUUUUAUCUUGACUGCUGCUCACUGCUUUAAUCUAGAUGAAAAACUCCAUGCUAUUACUGUAGAAGUCGGAGGUAAGGAAUUCAAAGUGAAGGACCUCCACCGUCAUAAUAAGUACGACCCACUGGGCAAACAGGACAAGAAAGUGGAGAAAUCUUUUGAUUAUGAUUUGGCUCUCAUUGAACUGAAAACUAAGAUAGAAUUUUCCAGAAAAAUCAGGGAUUUGAUCUGAUGGGAGAGUAGCUGCCACUGAGGAAGGGGUAAGAGGUCCCCGAAACGCGUCUGGCGUGAAACAGCGUACUACUCCCUUUUGGACAACAAAGAGGCCUCUUUACAAAUAUCUGCAGAAAAUUUGAACCAUAUCUUUUCGGUCAUUAUUCCCGAAAGAUUGGAGCGCUCUGAACCCUGUCACAGUUUUCUCCAUCCGAAAUCUCGGCAUCAAGUCCCGCGAUACCUUCAGCGGUGAAUCACAUACUACGGCUUGAGACGUGACUACGUGACAUGCUGGCGUCCGUACGAACAAGCCAGAGAUAAUCAACGCAGCAGCGGUUGUUCUAAAAGAACAUUUCCCUUCAACAUCCAGGUCUGGAAGGCUAUAUUUCCACAUAUUUUGCCUCGACCAAGGAGAAGGUAAGACCCUAUACAGGGUUCAAAACAAUAUAAAACUGCAUUACAUUGCUCCUACAAUUUGGACAUUGAUCUACUAUCUGCAGUCAGACAGGACUUUCCUCCUUUUUUCCCACAGAGGUCUGUGGAGUAGGGAACAGACUACAAUAUCUCUUCAAAGAAUCAUUGUAUUAUUUGUUUGCUUUGUUUCAUACCACCGACCCUUAGUUAUAUCUUGCGAUUUAUCUAUUUAUUCAUUUAU